AUGGGGAUUUGGCCGCGCCAGGAGGGUGACCUCAGCCGGGGCUGGCAGUCCUCCGGGAGCUGUCCCUGUGGAAGCUCGGUCACAGGCAGGAGGCAGCUGUGGCCAGCGGCUUGGCCGCUCCUCCAGCAAACGCAGACCUGUGGGGCCCCAGGCUGCAGUCUCACGGCUGGAUGUGUAUCGCCGAGCGGUAAAAGCAGGGUCGGAGCAGACGUCAUACCCUGGCUUGCGCACAGAAAACAGCUGGCUGCACCUGCUCCGGAGCACAGCCCUUCCACCGCACGGGGGGUGCAUCCGGGAAUAACUGGAGCCCGGGAAGUGGGGGGCUCACAGGGAAGACGGGGCCCACGAUGGCCGCCCCUCUGCUGCUUUGACCCCUGUGGCAGUCACCCCAGGCACUGGGAGCGCCUGGAGCUCCUGGAAGAGGCCAAGAAGAUGGAGAUGGCCAAGUUCCGCUACAUCCUGCCGGUGUACGGCAUCUGCCGGGAGCCUGUGGGCCUGGUCAUGGAGUACAUGGAGACGGGCUCGCUGGAGAGGCUGCUGGCUUCCGAGCCGCUGCCGUGGGACCUGCGCUUCCGCAUCGUGCAUGAGACGGCCGUGGGCAUGAACUUCCUGCACUGCAUGUCCCCUCCGCUGCUGCACCUGGACCUGAAGCCCGCCAACAUCCUGCUGGACGCACACUACCACGUCAAGAUUUCCGAUUUCGGGCUGGCCAAGUGCACCGGGCUGUCCCACUCCCACGACCUCAGCGUGGACGGCCUGUUCGGCACCAUCGCCUACCUCCCUCCGGAGCGCAUCAGGGAGAAGAGCCGGCUCUUUGACACCAAGCACGAUGUGUACAGCUUCGCCAUCGUCAUCUGGGGCGUGCUGACGCAGAAGAAGCCCUUUGCAGAUGAGAAGAACAUCCUGCACAUCAUGGUGAAGGUGGUGAAGGGUCACCGCCCGGAGCUGCCACCCGUCUGCAGGCCCCGGCCACACGCCUGUGCCAGCCUCCUGCGCCUCAUGCAGCGGUGCUGGCACGAGGACCCGCGGGAGCGGCCCAGCUUCCAAGAAAUCACCUCGGAAACUGAGGACCUCUGUGAGAAGCCGGACGAGGAGGUGAAGGAGACGCCCCGAGACCCGGGCGGGGAGAGCGCCGCAGAGCCCAGGAGUGAGGCUGUGCCCGGAGCCCCGCGGCCCAAGCGCGCCUCUGCCCCGCCCUUUGACAACGACUGCAGCCUCUCGGAGCUCCUGUCACAGCUGGACUCUGGCGUCCCGCAGACCCUCGAGGGCCCGGAGGAGCUCAGCCGCAGCUGCUCCGAGCACAAACUGCAGUCGUCUGGCAGUGGGAAGAGGCUCUCGGGCGUGUCGUCUGUGGACUCCGCCUUCUCCUCCCGAGGGUCGCUGUCCCUGUCCUUCGAGCGGGAGCCGUCCACAAGCGAUCUGGGCACCACGGACAUCCAGAAGAAAAAGCUGGUGGACGCCGUCAUGUCGGGGGACACGAGCAGGCUGAUGAAGAUCCUCCAGCCGCAGGAUGUGGACCUGGUCCUGGACGGCAGCGCCAGCCUGCUGCACCUGGCGGUGGAGGCCGGGCAGGAAGAGUGCGUCAAGUGGCUGCUGCUCAACAAUGCCAACCCCAACCUGACCAACCGGAAGGGCUCCACCCCGCUGCACGUGGCCGUGGAGCGCAGGGCGCGGGCCGUGGUGGAGUUGCUGCUGGCCCGGAAGAGCAGCGUCAACGCCAAAGACGAGGACCAGUGGACGGCCCUGCACUUUGCGGCACAAAACGGUGACGAGGCCAGCACGCGGCUACUGCUGGAGAGAAACGCGUCUGUGCAUGAGGUGGACUUUGAGGGCCGCACGCCCAUGCACGUGGCCUGCCAGCACGGCCAGGAGAGCAUUGUGCGCACCUUGCUGCGCCGUGGCGUGGACGUGGGCCUGCAGGGCAAGGACGCCUGGGUGCCGCUGCACUACGCCGGCCACCACGCGCGUGCCGUGGAGACGCUGCUCAGGCAUGGGGCUCACAUCAACCUGCAGAGCCUCAAGUUCCAGGGCGGCCAGGGCCCUGCCACCGUGCUCCUCCAGCGCAGCAGGACCUAG